AUGGAAAAGGAGAAUCAGAGCUUUGUGACUACAUUCACCCUCAUGGGGAUUCCCCAUGCACCAGAACUAGAUAUUGUUCUAUUUGUAAUUUUCUUAGUGAUCUAUGUACUAACUCUGCUGGGGAACCUCCUCAUCUUGAUGGUAAUCAAGGUGGACUGCCACCUCCGCACUCCCAUGUACUCUUUCCUGGCCAACCUCUCCUUUAUUGAUAUGUGGUUCUCCACUGUCACUGUCCCCAAGAUACUGAUGGGUCUCCUCUCCCCAGAUGGUGGGGCCAUCUCAUUUCACAGUUGCAUGGCCCAGCUCUAUUUCUUCCAUGUUCUGGGGAGCACAGAAUGUUUCCUCUACACAGUCAUGUCCUAUGACCGCUACUUAGCUAUCACUCAUCCCUUGCACUAUGCCACUAUGAUGAGUGGGAAAACUUGUGCUCUUUUAACUGGAAGCACAUGGCUCAGUGGUUCAGUGCACUCUGCUAUCCAAACUAUCCUGACCUUCCGCCUGCCCUACUGUGGCCCCAACCAGAUCCAACAUUAUUUCUGUGAUGCGCCCCCCAUUCUCAAAUUAGCCUGUGCAAAUACCUCAGCCAAUGAGAUGGUGAUCUUUGUCAACAUUGGGGUGGUGGCCUCUGGUUGUUUUCUCCUGAUUUUCCUUUCUUAUAUGUCCAUUGUCCAUGCCAUCCUAAAAAUCCGCACAGCAGAGGGCAGACAAAAAGCCUUCCAGACCUGUGCUUCCCACUGCAUUGUGGUCCUCUGUUUCUUUGGGCCAUGUGUCUUUAUUUAUCUGAGACCAGGCUCCAAAGAUGCUGUGGAUGGAAUUGUGGCUGUUUUCUACACUGUGCUCACACCUGUGCUGAAUCCCCUGGUAUAUACACUGAGGAACAAAGACGUAAAGACAGCUCUGCUCAAGCUACAGAACAGAGGAGUGUUUGCUCAAAGAAAAUAG